UUUGAAAUUACGAGCUGCGGUCACACUAACCGGCUGUUAUUGUUGCGCAAACUAUGUUGUGUUCUCAAAAUUAAUUUCGUUUAAACUUUUAUUUAGUUCAAUAAAGGUGUUUCUUUGCAUGCCGUGCACUCUGAUCUAAGCCCAAUGCCUGCUCCUCUGUGCUUCAGAUCGGCGAGAUGCCUUCUUUUGGGCCGCCUUGGAUCAGUUUUUCCGCUCAGACAGCUGGCAGACAAGGGUUCAGAUAUAGUGAUUCCUCCCGAACCCACGACAUGUUGUAUGUCGGGUUGCGCCAAUUGUGUUUGGAUCGAAUACGCCGAAACUCUGUCAAAAUUAUUGGGCGAUAAUGAUGAGCGUGCACGUGAAAUUGUUCUGUCUAAGAUCCAAGAUCCCAACUUGAAAAUGUUUCUAAUGGUGGAACUGCAGAACAUGAAACGGCUUCGGGAACAAAAAGCAGCUGCUGCCAAAGAACAACCCAAGGAAACACCUAAAUAGUUUGAACUAAAGCUCAAAAUUCCCAGUUAUUAUGGAACUCAGGUCUUAAAUUGAAAUCUGCGCAUAAUUUAAUGAUCCAAAAUUGGAAUUUAAAUGAUGUUUCAUCUAUCUAAUCAUUUAAUUUAGUAUCUUGACCUAUUCGAUUAAAUUAGUGUAGUUAAAUUGAGAAGAACUUUUCUUACUCUCAUUAGGAUUCGGGUUUUGAAUUUUGACUCACUUUUAAAACUGUUUUACUUAAUGAAUUUCAGUAGAAGAGAAUUUCUAAAACUUUAGCUUAGCUUGUUAUUAUUUUCAGGAAUUGAUGUACAAAUUUUGUGUAUAUAUUUUAAAGUCAAUCUUGUUGAUUUAACCACGUAUUAAUUUGGAAAUGUUCUUAGGUUUUAAUUAAGAAACUUUUAAAAAAGUUGUAAAACUUUAUGUAUGUAAAUAUAUUUAACUGAGUUUAGUUCUUAAUAAAACAAAUUAAACAUAUCUCCGAUUUGUUUAAAU